AUGGCGGCACGUAGGGGCAUUAGCACCGUGUCCCGCGACUACAAUGAAGCUCUCCGUCUGCUUUCGACACUUUACUCAAAUCGCCAAGCCACGAAUCUUUUUGACAAAUCAAUCGCCUCAAAUUCCUCAUCUGUACCAACAAAGGAUCCCAAUGCUUUAGCUAUUCCUGAGAUGCGCGAAUGGCUCCGACGUGCUGGGUAUGAACCAAAGGAUCUUGCACGUCUGAGACACAUCCACAUAGCCGGCACCAAAGGCAAAGGCUCUGUAAGCGCAUUUGCGACGAGCAUGCUACGAGAGUACGAGAUUGUUGGGACUUAUACGAGCCCACAUCUCGUGAGCCCGCGCGAGCGCAUUGCUAUUCAAGGAGAGCCGGUUUCGCAGAGCCUCUUCGCUGCUGCUUUCUUUGACCUCUGGGAAAGUCUGUCUGAAGCUGCUAAGAAGGAUGGCAAAAGCCUCACCGAGUCUGAAGGACCUGGCUCAAAGCCAUUCUUCUUCCGCUUCAUGACACUCCUUGCUUGGCAUAUCUUCCUGAGUCAAAAGGUCGAUAGCGUUGUUCUUGAAUGCGGUAUCGGCGGAGAGUAUGACGCUACAAAUGUGGUGCCCCCAGAGGCUGUUUCUGCUGCGGUCAUCACGCAGCUGGGUAUAGACCAUGUCGCGAUGCUAGGCGACACGGUUGAGAAGAUCGCAUGGCACAAAGCCGGCAUUCUCAAGCCAGGUGUGCGUGGUUUCGUCCGACGAAUGGACGAGAAGCCUGGUGUGAUGCAAGUGCUUCGACAGCGGGCAGCAGAAAAGGGGGCUGAGCUCGUCGAGUUGGAUGACGCCAGGAUCGAACUAUGGGGAGGUGUGCAUGGAAGACUGCAAGGUGACUUUCAAAAGUAUAACCAAGCUCUUGCUGUCUGUGCUGUACGACAACAUCUAGGCAUGAGUUUUGAGCCCAAGGACUUUUUUAAGAACAUUCAAAGAAAGAUGUGUGUAGGGCUCGAGCACGCAAGUCUCAGGGGGCGCUGCGAGAUCAUCCAGCAGGGCCACAUUGGCUGGUACCUGGACGGUGCGCAUACGACGGAUAGCAUGUAUGAGGUCGCAAAAUGGUUCGCUUCGAAUGUUGAAACCUUUGAAUCCGCAAUUCUGGUUUUCAACCAGCAGGAGAGAGAUGCAACAAAACUACUGACAAUAUUGCUUGACACUGUUCAAGAGUUUACUGGCAGAACAAACAUAUUCAGCCAUGCGUUCUUUACAAGGAACGAUCAGGAGCGGCCUUCAACGGAUGAAGAAGCCAGAGAUCUGAGUGUGCAGACACGUGUGGCAGAGAUGAUGGCUGAGAGAGCAGCUGAUUGUGAGGUCAACACAUUUGAUAAUAUCCAGGACGCUGUAGCUGAGGCUAGAAAAGUUGCAGGAGUUUAUCAUAGGGUUUUGGCUACAGGGAGCAUGUAUCUUGUAGGGGGUGUACUCCAAGUAUUGGAGCCUGAAGGUCUAUUGUAA